AUGAAUGAUGCAGACGACGUGCCUUUAGGUCAUACAAAAAAAUAUAAUAUACCGUUGAGCCAUUUAGAAUAUGUAUACAUAGAACAAUGUAAAGAUGAAAUCGAACUUGAACAAAUAUACAAAGAACUAAUAAGUGGAGAAGUAGGCUCACAUCGAAUUCUAGAACAACUAACACUUGACCGAAUCCGAAAUAUUCAAUCGCUUAAUUCGACAUCAGCCAAUCAGAAAUCGCAAGAAACCAAUGAAGAAACUACUUCUAACUUAACUGUCGCCAAUGAUCAUCCGACUAAUGUUAUUCAUUCUGUUUCUAAUUCUUCAAAUGAGAAUGAUACCAACUUUAUUGUUUCGCAACCGAUCAUUGAUAAUGAUUCUAAACAAACAGCGCCAGAUUAUGAUGAAGAAUGGAAAAAAUUUGAACGAAAGGCUUCGAACAGCUUUGAUGACGACUCGAAAGAUAGUGAUAGUGGUGAACCAUCAGCAGACAGCGAGUCUUAUCAAAACAGGAAACGUCUUCAUACGGCUGAACAGCAGCGUCUCAAUGGAGAUACUGCAUUCAAAGCAAAGAAUUAUCAACAAGCAGUUGAUUCAUAUACAAAAAGCAUCACGAUUAAUAAGAGUUCACUCACUUAUAUGAAUCGAGCUACAGCCUAUUUUAAGUUGAAUGAUCAUGAUGCAUGUAUUCAAGAUUGUUCUCAAGUGUUAAAAACCAAUCCGACAUUUAUUCAAGCUUUAUUUCGUCGAGCUUCGUGUUAUUUUGUUAAAAACCAAUAUGAUAAAGCCAAACUUGAUCUUAACUCUGUUCUUGCUAUUGAUCCUGAUAAUGACGAAGCUCAAAAUUUAUUGAAUAACGUUUUAACUGUUCAUAAACAGAAUAGUAAUCCAAAUACCGGUGGUGAUUCUGACGAUAUGGAAGAUCAAUCGUCCAGUGCUACCGCAUUUUUACCCGUUCCAUCAUCUAUUAUUGUUGACGGCGAGCAACAGCAAGUAACCACGAACAUGACUCCUUCUAUGAACAUCGAGAUAUCCGACAGACAUAAGAGUCCUUCGCCAACAUAUGAUCAUCUAACUACGAAUCAAUAUCCAAUAUCAUCAUCGCAUUACGAUGACGAUGAUAUGGCAUUAGGUGAUGAAGCAGGUGGUGGUUUAGCAGAAAAUCCAAGUGACGAAGAAGGACAUGUUUCACGUAGUAUAAAUGUUUCACCAACUGUUGACGAUGAUUCCGAUAUGCAAGGAUUUAUCGAUCCAAAACCAUUAGAAACGCCGCCGAUGGGCGAAAUUUCGUACAACAGUAGAAUACAUCAUAAUAUUGAUUUUGGAACAAGUGGAAAUAAAUAUUCAACUGUGCAUUAUCGGAAAACAAACGAGAAUUCUUAUGAUUCGUAUCAUUCUCCUGUCAAUAAUAGCAUAUCAAAUGUGCGAAAUAAUUCGUCCUAUAAAUAUGAUACAAAUUCAUUCAACAGUCGUAAUGAUACAUAUAUGCAAAGUACAACAAUCAAUGAAGCUAUUUUAAAUUCAAAUUUUGGUCCUACCAUACAAAGUUGGCUACAGGAUUUUGUUAAAACAGAGCCAUCUUAUCGUUUAUCGUCAAUGUAUGAUCGAAUAUGGUCAAAAUCGCCGAUACCAUGGUCACUGAAUAAAAUUCAGGGUGAUAUUGAAAAAUUUCAUGCGUCACGUAAUUACAAAAACGCUAUUGAAAUAUCAAAAAAAUUACUUCAUAAUGGUGCUCUAGAUUAUCAUUUUCAUGCAGAAUCUAUUGUUAAUACGCUGACUAGCUGUGCUCAAUGUUAUUUGAAAUUGAAUGAAUAUGUACGUGCAAUUCAGUAUACUACUGAAGCUUUACAAUACAAUAAAAAUGAUGAUGAUACAUUGUUUUGUCGUGCUGAAGCAUUUGAGAACGAAAAACUUCUUCUCUUUAGCUAUGCUGAUUAUGUACGCGUGCCAUAUCAUAGUUUUAAUUAUCAUGUAGCACAACGUUCAUGUGAAAGACUAGAGAUCGAAUUCAAUGCUAAUGGUGAUGAAACAUGGCGGGAAAAAUUGCCAAGCAAUCAGAAUGAUGACGAACAGUAUUUAACUUAUCUAAAACUAAAAACUGAAUAUUCAGAAACUAAUGCAUAUGAAUGGUAUCGAACAUAUGCUGACCAACAUUAUGGUGAUGGUUGUUUUAUUCUGGCGAUUAAAUUUUAUACAAAAUGUAUUGAACUUCAGCCUGAUAAGACAGAUGUUUAUUUGAAACGAGCCGCAUGCUAUUUAAAUGUUUUUGAACCACAAAAAACAAUUGAAGAUUGUGAUAUGGUGCUGAAAGGCGAUAAAGACAAUUUCGAUGCUUUAUAUCGGAAAGCAUCUGCACACAAAAAGUCUCGUGACUAUAGUUCACAUGAAUCAACAUUGAGGGAAUGUAUUAGAAUUCAGCCAACGAAUCAAAUUGUUCUGACCGAAUAUUAUAGCAGUCAACAUGAAAAAGUUCCACGAAAGAAACGACGCAUUCGAACGAAUCCGAUACCGUCGACCUCAAUCAAUAGGGAUAUUCUUUCAUAUGAAGAACUUGAACAAAUACGUUUAGCUACUAUGCUUUCGAAUUUAUCGUUGAAUUCGAAUGAUAUUAAAGAUCAAUGUUCAUUUAUACUUCAUGCUCCGAAGAAAAUUUUCUUUGAAUCUUAUGAUUUUGCAUCAACACAUUUCAUUGAAACAAUCAUUAACUUGUGUCGAACAAUGCUUCGAGCUGAAGUGCAUUAUCAAGAAGCACAUAAAUCAGUCAUAUUACCGUUUUCUUAUACAAAAUUUUGGUUUGAUAUUUUUGUUGAAUUAGCAAAAGUCCCUCAAGUCAAUACAGCUCUAUGUAUGAUUGAUGAAAAGUAUCGAACGAUACUUGACGAUUUACUUUCAUAUUAUGAAUCGCUAUCAAUAUAUAACGUUCUUGAACAUUUGAAUUCGUUGAGAAAUUUGUGA